UGUUUACAUUCAUUAGAAUGCAGUCUGUGCACAGUUGAUGCUGAUAUACGCUGAUAUACGGCAACUGAUUUAGGGUUGCUAGUGCUACAUACUGUAUCCUUUAUUAUAUUUGUUUCAUCAACGUGAUGCCAACCAACCUUUCUCUCCUUUCAUUGUGUCCACCUUCUCUAUUUUUUUCCCUUUGUGUUCAUCCUUCCUUUGUGUUCAUCCUCCCUGGUGGUACCCUCUUAACUUCGACAGGAUCGAUUCUUCCAGUUAAAACGUUCUUAUUCCCUUCCUUCUCCAACUGUGCCCGCUAGCGGUCACUCCGAAAGACGCCUGUACGAGUAAAUUUUACUCUCGUUGACGAACAUGGACCCUGGAUAUUCCACUGCAUAUUCUGUCCCACAUAGAACUGCUGGUGACAUUGUGCUCUAUCUGUCUACAAACCAACCAAACCCACCAGUUCCGUUUGAGUUGCAGGACCAGAUGACUCCUGCAGUUUGGUUGACGCGUCUCACUGCGCUUGCCAACACCGCGCAACGGUAUUCGAAACCGUGGUUCGAGAGAAUUUGGACCGUCACUGGGAUUCUAGCUUCGCUUAUUCUACCUGCGGUACUGUACAAUGUCAUUUACAACCACAUGAAUGUGCGUGGUGCAGACGGGAAUGUUGACUUCGCUCGCUUGUCCGAGAGUCGAAUGAUCACAUUUGCCUUGUUUAUUGGAGUCUUCUUAUUCUUCUUCACUCCAAUAGCAAUUUGGAAGUUCAUCGGCCGCAAACAAGUGGAUAGAUUGGUGAGUAAAUGGAAUGGGGCCGAUAGAAUGAAUUAUGGCCAAAACGCUUCGUCAACUUGGAAAGCGCAGAGUCCGGGUAUUUUUAGGAAUAGUACAAUCCUUACCAUAAGCCUCCCUGCAAGCAUGAAACCGACCUCAUUUCAUCCCAAUGCUUAUCUUCCAUCUUACAUCAACGGACCCAUUGACCCAGAUGCCAGUUACUACUAUCCUUAUAAAUCCGAGCCAGGGCUCCCAAGGAUGAGCGUUAUCGGAAAUGUUCCAUUGCAUAUUGACGAGAAACGGGGAUUUGAAGACUCUCGAGUUUAGUCGGAUUGAGUUCGACUGAACAGUCUAGAGAUGGAAUGAAACUUGUCUCUGAACUUCGAAGUUUUCGUGAGGAAAUGAAGUAGCAUGUACCAUGUAUGUAGUAGUAGAUGUCAGAUGAUCAAGGAAUUUUGAGCCAGCGACCACGUGUUCAGCGC